UGUGGGCGGAAGUCGCGCAGUGUCAGCUUGCCAGCGGCUAAUCCAGAUCAGGGAUUGUGAUCUGUCACCCGGAGCUUCCAAUCCCCGACCCUAAGAGGGGGCUGCUUCCAGUGCCAGGCCUCGGAUCCCCGGCCUCUAAUCCAGGUUGUGCCCCGGAUUGUAAGAUGGAUAACUCCGGGAAGGAGAAGGAGGCGCUGCAGCUGCUCGCUGAGGCCGAAAAGAAAGUCAAAUCGUCUCAGUCUUUCUUCUCGGGGCUUUUCGGCGGCUCGUCCAAGAUAGAGGAAGCGUGCGAGCUGUACGGCCGCGCCGCCAACAUGUUCAAGAUGGUGAAGAACUGGAGCGCGGCCGGCAAUGCCUUCUGCCAAGCGGCUCAACUGCACCUCCAGGUUCAAAGCAAACACGACGCGGCCACCAACUUCGUGGACGCAGGGAACGCCUUCAAGAAAUCUGACCCCCAGGAGGCCAUCAACUGUCUGCUCCGGGCUAUUGAGAUCUACACGGACAUGGGCCGCUUCACCAUCGCAGCCAAACACCACAUCACCAUCGCGGAGAUCUACGAGUCGGAGCUUGUGGACGUUGAAAAGGCUAUCGCACAUUACGAGCAGGCUGCGGAUUACUACAAAGGAGAAGAAUCCAACAGUUCUGCCAAUAAGUGUCUGCUGAAGGUGGCCACCUACGCGGCCCAGCUGGAGCAGUACCAGAAAGCCGUGGAAAUCUACGAGCAGGUGGGUACGAACGCCAUGGACAGCCCGCUGCUGAAGUACAGCGCCAAGGAAUACUUCUUCAAAGCCGCCCUCUGCCAUUUCUGCAUCGAUAUGCUGAACGCCAAGCUGGCCGUGCAGAAGUACGAGGAGAUGUUCCCGGCUUUCUCCGACUCCAGGGAGUGCAAACUGGUGAAGAAGCUGCUGGACGCUCACGAGGAGCAGAACAUGGACAGCUACACGGACGCGGUGAAGGAAUACGAUUCCAUCUCCCGCCUGGACCAGUGGCUGACCACCAUGCUGCUCCGCAUCAAGAAGACCAUCCAGGGAGAAGAAGAAGAUUUGCGUUGAGUGGGGGGCCGGUCAACCCCCCCUUCCUUUUACAGAUCGAGCCCAUGUAUGGAAUGGGGGGGGGGGGGUCACAGCAUCA